AAAAAAAAAAAAAAUUAAUUUCAAAAAUUUAUUAUGAAAAUUACACCUUUUUUAACAAAAAAAAAAAAAAUAAUAAUAAUAAUAAUAAUAAUAAAAUAAAAAAAUUACUUGUCUGUAAAACCCUAAAUCAGAGAAGAAGAAGAAGAAGAGAACGAAAAUGGCGGACGAAACCAUAUCAGAGCGAGAAAGACGACAAAUUGAUCAGAUUAUGGAGCUCGAUAACGAAGAAUUACUCGUCGAAGAGGUCGACGAAGACGACGAAGACGAAGAAGAAGAGGAAGAUCAUCGUCGCAAUAUUGGUAGCAGUAGUAAUAGUAACAACAACAGUGGAUUCACCUUCAAUACAGAUUUAGCUUCAUUACAUACAUACCUCGGCAAUGUAGAAGACACACACCACAGAGUUAAGGUUGGAUUUUUGGAAGGCGGCGAUAUCUUCAACCUUCCGAUUUUCUAUCUCGAAGGUGUUGUUUUGUUUCCCGAAGCUACACUUCCUCUAAGAGUAAUCGAACCUAAUUACAUAAUUGCAAUCGAGAGAGUUUUAACACGAGCUGCUGAUAAUGAUGUAUCGUCUUCCACAAUCGGUGUUGUUCGAGCUUAUCGUGAUGAUGAUGAUCGAAGAAGAAGAACAAGAACAACAGCAAGCUUUUCGAGUGUUGGAACAACUGCUGAGAUUCGACAGUAUCGGAGAUUGGAAGAUGGUUCGUUGAAUAUUGUUACUCGUGGAAAGAACAGAUUUCGUUUGAGACGUCGGUAUAUUGAUUCGGAAGGAGUUCCUUGUGGUGAAAUUCAUAUCAUUGAAGAAGAUUUGCCACUGAAGACGCCGAUUGAUGCUUUGGGAGAUCGGUUGUUGCCUUUGAAUAAGGAUGAUUUAGUUUCAGAUGAAAGCUUUGAAAGUUCAUUGUCGUUGGAAGAAAGGAGAGUUCACCGAUCUGCAAUUGCUUCUUGUUCGGAAUUAACAGAGAAUGAUUCUGAUUUUGGAUUGGGAAAGAGUUCAAGAAGAGAUUCAGAGCAUAAUAUUAAUCAGUUGAGGAGAAUUCCAAGAACAUUUUGGCCAUUCUGGGUUUAUCGAAUGUAUGAUUCUUAUUGUCUUGCUCAAAAGGCUUCAGAUAUGUGGAAACAGAUAGUUGGAGCACCGAGUAUGGAAGGUCUGGUGAAGAAGCCUGAUCUUUUGUCAUUCUACAUUGCGAGUAAAAUUCCUGUUUCCGAAUCUACAAGACAAGAGCUUCUGGAGAUCGACGGCAUAUCCUAUAGGUUGCGUCGGGAAAUUGAGCUACUCGAGAGUCUUAAUCUCCUUAAAUGUAGAAACUGCGAGGCUGUAAUUGCAAGGCGAAGUGAUAUGCUGGUAAUGUCAAGCGAUGGUCCUCUCGGUGCUUAUGUGAACUCGUACGGUUUUGUACAUGAGGUCAUUACUCUGUACAGAGCACAUGACUUAACUCUCAUCGGGACACCAGAGAGUGAAUACAGUUGGUUUCCCGGGUAUGCAUGGACAAUAGCAGACUGUGCUGCUUGUGGAACCCAAAUGGGAUGGCUCUUUACAGCCACAAAGAAGAAUUUGAAGCCUCGGCUGUUUUGGGGUAUUCGGAGUUCUCAAGUUUCCAUCUGAUUACUUCAAUCUCUGUUGUGAGUGUUAUUUUACUCAAAUAUAUAUGUAUAUAUUGUGAAUAUGACAAUAGAGUUCUAAACAGUAAUCAUAUAGCAGACUUACUUAAAAUCGAUUUUUAGCCAUGUUAUUUGAAGCAGAAGCCAUUUGGUUAAGAAUAUAUCAUUCAUAUCAGCAAUGGUGUAUUUUUUUUCUAAGCAUUAUUAGUUCAAAAUGGUGAACUAUUGCUCAUCAUCAGCUUGUGGCAAUUCUGAAUUGAAUGGUUUUGGUUGAAAGGGCUCUCGAUGUUGAACUCGAGACCAUUUUUCGGUACCUGCUGAUGGCAAAUGUUCUCUGUUAAUUGUAAAGAAAAAUUGCAGUGUAAGUAAGAUGAACUAUUUUUUUGAGAUGAAAUAUCAAUUUCAUUGAAUAAUUUAGCAUUUUGAAUACAAAA